AUGAGCCCGCUCGUCUCCCCUUUCCCGCCACCAAAGCUCUCGCCUUCCCAACGCUCCUCCGAUGCUACCACCUUCCGAUGCGGCGCCGCGGCUCUCCGCGACUUCCGCGCGCACCACGUCGCCGGGCGCGCCCUCCUCACCAACCCUGCCCUCAUGCCCGCCCUCGCGGCCUGCGCGCGGCUGCCGACCACCGCGGCGGAGGCCGAGCAGAUCCACGCCCUCCUCCUCAAGUCCGGCCUCCCCCGCUCCGCCUCCGGCGUCUACGCCUCCACCUCCCUCGCCCGUGUCUACCUGCGGCACGGCCGCCUGGGCGACGCGCGGAAGGUGUUCGACGGGAUGCCGGCGAGGACGGUGGUCUCCUGGAACGUGCUCCUCGACGGCCUUGUCAGAGCCGGCGACCUGGAUGCCGCCUGGGAGCUCUUCGCCGAGAUGCCGGAGCGGAGCGUGGUCUCCUGGAACACCGUGAUCGCCGGCUUCGCGAGGCACGGGCGGGCUGAAGAGGCGGUGGAGCUGUUCGUCGAGAUGACGUCGGUUUACGGUUUGGCGCCAGACGAGGCCACGAUGGCUGGCUUCGUGUCGGCUGUCCGCGGUAUCGGUCUGCUUGGGCUUGGGAGGAGCGCGCAUGGCUACGUGGUCCGGCGAGGGCUCUCGCUGGACGGUGCUCUGGGAGUCGCUCUGAUCCACAUGUACACGAGGUGCGGCAGCAUGUCUUCUGCGUACCAGUGCUUCUCAACCGUCAUCACCAAGAACGUGGAGCACUGGACCUCCGUCAUCGGGGGUUUCGCGGCACACGGCCACCCAGAGAUGGCGCUGAAACUGUUUGCCGAGAUGAGGCAGCUGGGCGUCGAGCCUAACGGUGUCACCUUCGUGGCCGUUCUGAAUGCCUGCAGCCAUGGCGGUCUUGUCGAUGAAGGUUUCAACCACUUCAGCCUAAUGAGGAGCAUGGGCAUUAGGCCGUCGAUCCAGCACUAUGGCUGUUUGGUGGAUCUUCUCGGCCGUGCUGGGUUCUUGGAAGAAGCCUUUGACCUUGCCAAUAGUCUACCGGGAGAUCAAGGCUUUGUGACAUGGAGCUCCCUCCUAGCUGCCUGCCAGAGCCAUGGCAAUAUCGACAUGGCAGAGGUUGCUGCUCGCAAAUUGGCAGACGCGGAGCCUAGCCAUGGCAGCUCCUAUGUCCUGUUAUCGAAUGUGUAUGCACGUGCUGGUCAAUGGGAGGACUUGAAGAGGACAAGACGUAGGAUGGAGGAGCGUAGGGUGCUGAAGAAGCCUGGGCUCAGCUGGAUCGAGGUUGAUGGCAGUGUGCAUUCCUUUCUCACUGCAGACAAGUCACACGCAGAAAGUGAAGAUAUUUAUCGUAUGUUGGAAUACUUGAAACCGAAUUUGAUAUCGGCUGGAUCUGACCCUGAACCAUUUGCUCUCCCUGAGGUUUGA